AUGUUGUCCACCAUCCGAAGGGCUGUCGCGGGCAGCGGCCGACAGCAGCUCCGGUCAGUAGGCCUUGCGAGGCUGUUGUCGUCACUGGCGAUCCUCGAGCAGCGAGACGGGAAGCUGAAUGACGGCUCGCUCAGCGCAGUGACGGCUGCGAAGAAGCUGGGCGGUUCUGUGCACGCGUUCGUCGCCGGCGGCAACAUCAAGUCGGUGGCCGAUCAAGCAGCCAAGGUGGACGGCGUGGAGAAGGUGAUUGCCGUGGACAAUGCGGCAUACGAAAGAGGCCUUCCGGAAAACUACGCGCCACUGCUCGUGGAGAACAUCAAGAAGGGCGGCUACACACAUGUGAUAGGGGGCCACACGGCGUUUGGCAAGAACCUUUUGCCGCGGGUGGCGGCGUUGCUGGAUGUGCAACCGGUGUCGGACGUGAUCCAGAUCGAGGGCGAGAGCACGUUUGUGCGGCCAAUCUACGCAGGCAACGCGAUAGCGACGGUGGAGUCGACGGACGCCAUCAAGUUGCUGACGAUCCGAGGCACAGCCUUUCCGGCAGCCGAAGCUAGCAGCAGCAGCACGGCGGCCGUGGAGGCGGGCGUGGACCCCAAGGCGGAGAGUGCGACGGAGUGGCUGUCGGAGGACCUGGCCAAGUCAGACCGGCCCGAUCUCUCGACGGCUGGCCGGGUGGUCUCGGGCGGCCGGGGCCUGCGGUCCAAGGAGGACUUUGACGGACUGAUGCUGCCGCUGGCCGAUGCUGUGGGCGCAGCCGUGGGUGCGUCGCGGGCAGCCGUCGACAGCGGCUUUGCCGACAACAGCCUGCAGGUCGGCCAGACCGGAAAAGUGGUGGCGCCACAGCUGUACCUGGCCGUGGGCAUUUCGGGGGCCAUCCAGCAUCUGGCCGGCAUGAAGGACAGCAAGGUGAUCGCAGCCAUCAACAAGGAUGCUGAGGCGCCCAUCUUCCAGGUGGCCGACGUCGGCCUGGUGGGCGACCUGUUUGAAAAGGUGCCGGAGCUGACAGAGAAGCUGAAGAGCGCCUGA